ACGGGGUGCCACCACGCUGGUUUUCAGCGGACAUCUUCAUAUACAAUAAACAUAAUAAAAUAAUAAUAAUAAUACACAUACAUACAUAAAUCCAGGCGGACAAUACAAAGCAAACAUUUACGACAUACUACCAUAUAUAAAUAAAUAUCAAACAUAAACUACACACUGAAAACAUAAAAUAAACAUAAAUUCUGGUGACACUAGUAUUACCGCUUUUGGAGUGCAGACACAUCACGUGUGGACAAACCUUCGCAAAUACUGCACCCCACCAAAAGGAUAACGGGGUGGUAUGGUGUGAUAUGGGAUUAGUACCCAGUAAAACUUUUUUGUGGGUAGCUGCAUCUCAAUACACUCAAGUAAAAAGUGCUCCCAGUUUAUAUUUAUAAAUAAUUAAUAUAUCUACAUAUUUUUGAAUUUUUAUAUGCCAAACUUCAAGAGAUAGUAUAUUUCUGCUUGUACCAGUAACAUUUACUCCUUUCAAGAUCUCACUAUGGAUGCACUACAAGGUACAUUUUUCACUAUGAUGGAACAACUAAAUGCAAAGAUGGCCUCCUUUCAAAGCAAUUUGCAAAAAGUUAGCACCACACCAAGCACUGUGUCUUCUAUAACUGCAGACUUUGGAGUAUUCCAAACAUUUGUAGCAAACACUUUCUGCAACCUUCAGCAGCAACUAGAAUUGCUAGCAAACCAGAUGGACCAAUUCGAGAUGCGAAGUCGCAGAAAGAUUUUGUUAUUCCAUGGUGUCCAGGAAUCCGGUGGCAGUAAUACUUCCCAAGACAUAGUUAAAGUUUUAGCAGACAAAUUGAAGAUCCCAGGUUUUUCCCAAGCUAACAUCAGCAGGUGUCACCGAAUGGGCAGAACAUCUGGAGACAAACCUCGUCCUAUCUUGGUAAAAUUUCCUGAUCUCGCUUUACGGAAUAAAGUAUGGUUUGCCAAGACUGGGUUGAAGGACACUGGAAUCACAGUCUCCGAGUUUUUGACUAAGGGGAGGCACGAGGCUUUUAUAUGCGCUCGACGCCACUUUGGAGUUAAGCAGUGUUGGACGCGCGACGGAUUUGUGGUUAUCGCCGGAAAUGGCGACACAAGACAUCGAGUCACCACCAUAACUGAGGUCAACAAACUUAUAGACUCUCUUUCUGCCGCUGCUGCGAUUGCAUCGAAAGCUUUGAGUUCGGUUUCAUCGGAAGCUAGAGGGUCGGCUGCACCGAAGGCCUCUGCCGCGGUAGCAGCCCGCAGCAAGCGAGUCGUUAGAAAAUGAACGUGAGUGUGUGUUUGUGAUGUUUCUUCGUGUACUGCAAUAAUUUAAGUAAUGUGAUUCUUAUGAAAACUCAUCACGUUUCAAAGUUGUUUCCGUGUAGUGUUAAUAUAAAUAAUCAUAUAUUGAUACUGUCCGCAACUUCCUCUUGUUCACUUUUAUUAAACGUAGGUAGAUUAUUAAUUUAAUAUUGAACUGCUAACUAAUUACUAAAUUCAAAUAAUUGUUUAUUUUUAGUGGGUAACUCACUUCACAAUUUGAGUUUUAUUUUUAUAAAAUUUUGUUUUGAUCUGUC